GGAAGGAACACAGUGUCCUUACAGGCAGCAGCAUCUUCAACCUUCUUAUCUGGUACUACAUGAGAGCACCUGCUAACUGAAAAAAUGCACCUGGUUUUGUAUCUCCUUAUCUUGGGUUCUGGCCUGCCUUCUGCCACGGCACAGGCCAAUAUGACCAGUCCACCUGUAAAUCAGUCUUCAACACCAGCUAACACCAUGGAUACAGCUUACAAUACAGAUGUUGGCUCCACACUCUCACCUGACCCAGGAUCAAACAGCACGCACCUAAACUCUACACUCUCUGAUGACACUACAGCGCACGCUAAUUACAGCAACGCUACUAACAGCUCUAUGGUCACAACUCCUAUUUACACGCCUACCAUGACCACAGUUGCCCCAGUACCACCAAAUACACCUACCCCAACUAAAAGAGAACUUCUUCCAAAGCCAAGCCAUAUGACGCCCACCAGUCCAUACACAAGCAACGGCACCGUCACUGUCAUCAUCAUCCUACUCAUCAUUGCUGGUCUAGUAAUUGGUGCUGCAUGUUUCCUCUCACGGAAGAGGUCAAGGCGGUACUCUGUAGACAUGCGCUCGGGCAGACAAGAGGAGGCUGAGGUCCCCCUCAGCACCAUGGAGCCCGAGGGCGCUGCCGACUCUUCGUCCAGGAACGGCAUGCAAACCUUUGCUGGUGCUACCGCCGGAGCCAAAGACCCCACCCCGACGACUGACGCUAAGAAAGGGGAGGAAGAGAAGGUGGAUGCAGACAAACCAGCCAAUGACUCUGUUCCUGACCCAAGCCCAGCCUCAAGCCCAGCCCCAAGCCCAGCCCCAAGCCCAGCCCCAAGCCCAGCCCCAAGCCCAGCCCCAGGUACCCCUGAGGGGGACAAACCAGGAGAGCAGGCCCAUGUGGAGGAGACCCAAGUGAAGAAGACUGACAAUGAGCUCAAAUCCAGCCAGACCUCUGAGUCACUGAAAGAGCCCCCCAAUGUAAACAAUUCCAUGAACGGACCCGCUGGAGAGAGGCAGCGCCGUAGCUUCUCCCAGAUCCCCCAGGACAACCCGGUGUGAGGUCCACCCCUCCUCCCCUCUCUUCUGCAGACGCGGAGAACCAAGAAGAUGCGAAGAAAAACUCAAGAAGAAAAAAAAUCUGGAACAUCGCAAUUAUUCAUCUGACUUGUGUGUAUGUAUCGAUAAGGUUGCUUUUUAUGAGCUAUUGCCAUAACUCACUCAUCUUUAGACCAGCACUCUUGAUCUUUUUACACUGUACAUAUUUGCAAGUAACAAGAAAACAUUAUUUUGGGAUGAAUUCUUUUUUUCUCUAAAUGCUAAAAUGUAAAUGCCAGGUAGUGCUUAAAUGCUUAAAGCAUUAAAAAAAAAACGUUUUUAAUUAACUGUAUUUGCUGUGUGCAUAUUUCCAUUAACCAAUCCAACUUUUGUAUUCAUAAAUUUUUAUUAAAAUGUCUCU